CUCCGCUGAAUGCUAACGUUAGCACACCGGAGAUACUGGACCUUGUUUUGUAAAAUGCAAUCGCCUGGUGACAAGCGACCCGGUGGGGCCCGUCGGAGAGCCCUCGUCGGUUGUGAAUUUGCAAGGAAAGAAGUUUAGAGGAAGGCCGUUCCUACAACUGACUUCAACUUCAUUAGUGAGAGCUUCUUGAUCAAUUUGCUCGUCACACCUCUGCUGCUAUGCAGCCCCCACCUCGGACUGGACCCCCAGGAGCCUCUGGGCCGCCUCCUCCCUCUGGGCCGAAUAUGUUCCGCAGGACCAGGCCUCUCAAGCAUGCAGGAGCAACAGCAACACCUUCUUCAAUCCCACUCUCAACCCAACCCAUGACGGACCCGUUUGCCUUUGUCCGAGCCCCCCCUUCUACGAGUGCAGGGGGUGCCCCAGUACUCCAGAGCAACUCUCUGCCAGCACAAGCCCCACCCACUUCCACCUACACUCUGGCAGGCCUAGUUCAGGACCCACAAUUGCAGACACUUGAGGGUAUCCCAGCUGCUCCAGCUGGCACCCAGCCGUCCUCUCUGCCAGGGGUGCCCAUGUUCAGUCCUCACAGUUCAACCUCACCUGGUGUUCGUACAGAACCUGCACAUUCUGAACAAGGUUACUUUAAUUCUAGGGAGCAUACGUUGGCAGUGGCUGCGGAACCGCCAUCUGUGCCGUCAGAACCAGUACCAAGUCAGACGUUUAAUCAGGAAUACCACGCGCAGUCUCCUCCUCAGCCUGUCCCCUUCCAGCCAGUGCCUCCUGCAGCCACCUCUUCUCAAAGGGCCUCCGAUCACGGAAGUCGCCCUCCAUCCGUUCAGAACUAUUUUCAGCCUACGAGUGAUCCUCCUCAACAGCCUUUUAAUCCACAGCCGCAGGCCCAGAUGCACCCCUCAAACGCACCAACCCCUCCAACACAAUUUGGGCAUCCUCAAAAUCCUCUUCUACACCAAAACCCUGCGAAUACCCCCGGCUCUCAUUGGGCUGGACCAAAUACGACCCAACAGCAUAACUCGCAUUUCCAACACCAGAGCUACUUCAUGCAGACCUCUGCCCCGCAAGAUGCAUGGUUCAGUCAAGCGCCACAGGACCCAGCCUACCACCAAAUGGCGAAUGCCCCCCUCCACUUGCAGCCCCAGUCAGACUGUGCAUCUCAUCAUAUACCUAACGUGGGUUCUCAGCAUGGGUCUGCCUCUACAGCAGUUCAAUACGCUCAAGAUUCUGGUACACUGUCCAUGUUUUUCAAUGACGAUGUAGAAAAUGAGGAAACCUUAGCCGGAGAACGAAAAAAGGUUAUGAACGGUAUUCCUGAUCCCUCACAUCUUUCAAAUAAUUCGCAAGGUGGGCCACCAGCUCAGAGUGGUCUAGCAAAUGUUCCUUUUGAUAACCAAGCAUCCCGUUUACAAGACAAUUCACAUAUACCGUAUAUGAACGACGGAAACGCAGCGUCGCAAGGGAGGAGUCCAAAUCCCUCUGAUUCUCAGUAUGACCAUGUUGAGAAUUUGGAGUGUGUUCCAAAUCAGGAAGUAUUGCCCAGUGAAAUUCAUGGUAGUCCUGCUGGAUUACCUGCAGCCCAUGCAGUAGACACCUAUGAAACUGGCCCCAACCUGGAGACUCCAGAUUCCCUUCCCAGACCAAUAAGAUCUGCCAGUGCAUCAUCUAACUACAGUAAUAUGAGUCACGGAAGUGGGACUGCUGGCCGUCGACACCAGGGUGUAGUCAGUACUUUUAUUCAGCAGGAAAGCCCGCGCCCGGCCGAUGAUGCCAACUUGCCUCCAGGCGCUGUUGCGGCUGCCGGAGGCUACUUCGAACAGAUCGACUCUUCACCAGCUGGAAAUGCGGCCACUCAGCCUAGCCCCUCCGAGCAAAUGUGGCCCACCACACCUAGCCCUCCAAAACCAACAGGCACCUUCCAGGCCAGUGCUAACAGCUCGUUUGAGCCCGUCCGCUUACACGGGGUCGGGGUUCGCCCUGCUGAGGUCGAUAGGGCUAAAAUGGUAGCGGAAGGUGGCACGGAUCCAACACCAGGCAAUCUGGAGCAGCCGCCAGAUAAUUUAGAAAAUAUUUAUGGCCCAGGUCACCCUCUGCCUAUCGGUGUACCUCACUUGACGAACCCCGUGGUUCAGGCUCACUCUCGACCUUCAUCACGUGCCUUGGGCGCCAGUCGUCCCUGUGAGAGCCCUGCCACGACUUUAUGGGCUCAAAGUGAUCCUACCAACUUGGGCGCCAGCAUUGUCCUAGCGCCCGCUGCCCCAACUGUUCUCGCUCCGCUAAGGGAGCCUAGUGUAGAUGUCAUACAGCCUCCAGAGGAUGGUCCACUGGACCUCCAUCCUCCUCAGAGAACCCCACAACAACAUUCAGAAAACCUAGAGAACCCACCAAAGGUGAGUGAGUUAGACAAUGCAGAUUCUCAAGGCAAUCUGGGCUAUGCAUCUCUCCUUGUGUCUGAAUCGCUCCAGCAACCUGUUCUGAUUGCACCGCCCGUGUCUAAUUAUGUGAUUCCCCCCAGUACCUUUGCACAAGUCCCAAGUCAAAGUACUGCCCCUACAAAAACAUUCGGACAGGCAGCCAGUGUAUCCCUUACAUCUGGUCUCCCUUUCAAUCAGAAUCCACUUAGCCCACCUGCUCCUGCCUCAAACCCAGUCCCACUCAAUUUGACUCGAGAAAGUGCCGAAGCAUCAACUUCAGGAAGCGCCUUGGCACAGCCGCAUCCAGUCCGCCCUUCUGUAUCUCAUGGCCAAUCAUUGAGUAGAGACACACACUUAGCUCUGCCGGUUAAUCCUCCGACUUCUCUCACUGCUGCUUCUGUCACCAAUCAUAAUCAGUCUUCGAAUUAUGAACUGCUUGAUUUUUCUAUGCACCAAUCACAGAGCCAAAUUCAAGCAUCUGGCCAUCCUUCUGCUUUACAUGAGUCUUCGCAGUCUAGUAAUGGAUUUUACAUGCAGGUCACCAAAGAUGCGCAACAUGGGCUAAGAAUGGACGUAAAUGCUCCUGUCCAGACUCCUGGCCCUUCAGCUCCACCACAAGUCACGACAGCUUCCUUGACAUCCGCUCCACCUACCAUGCCAACCUCAUCACCAUCCGCCCCACAGUUUUCUGCAGCUCCGUCAUCAUCCGCCCCACCGGUCUCUGUGGUGUCUUCGGCAAACACGGGGAUCCAGCCACAACCCGAUCCUCCAAGGAUACCAGAGGCACAUGCUGCAGCACAGGCGCAAAGUGAUCCCUCUUUUUCCGUAAGGGGAGCACAGCCUUCAUCUAGUCAGUAUCCAUCCCAGAUGCAAGGUGCUGCAACUGCAAGCGUUCCUCCUGGAUCAAUUCCUUCCCAGCAAGCUCCAUCAGAGCCGCCUCGACCACCUUCCUCCUCUGGCAGCCAGCAGGGCUACGGGCCCCCUCCUCCUGGACCAGGGCAGAUGUACGGAGGCUAUUAUGGAAACUACGGAGAAUAUCCUGAUGGCCGAGCACCAUAUCCUUCUGGUCCAUACCCACCUGGGGAUCCUAGAGCUCAGCAGUAUUAUCAGGAGGGACCAUAUAGAAGCAGAGGUGAUCCAUGGUAUGGCAGGUACGAGGGCCCCAACCCAGCUUACCGUGACCCAAACUAUCAGUAUCGAGAGCCUCAACCCGAGCGUCCCAGCUCCAGGACCAGUCAGUACUCUGACCGCCCCUCAUCCAGGCAAGGCUACACUGAGGACUACCACAGAGCGAACCGAAGUGCCUAUGAUGAAUAUUAUGCAAAUUACGCCAAGCACUAUGAUUAUGCGGGAUACAACUAUGGACACUAUGACCCAAGAUACAGAGGUUACUAUGAUCAGUCCUAUUGGUCCACUUAUGAUGACGCAUAUAGAAGCAGAGACAACUACUAUAAUCAACAAAUGUAUCCAAACAGGAAAGAAGGCUACGAUGACCAGUGGCGCUACUACCCCGGGUACGAUAGCAGCUUCGAUGACGACUACCGGCGGCGAGGUGGCGAUGCUUACAAUGAUGACUUUGACCGACGUAGUGUACACAGUGAACAGUCUGCUCACAGUGUACACAGCUCUCAUAGCCACCACAGCAGACGAAGCAGCUUCAGCUCAAGGUCCCAACAGAGUCAAGCAUAUAGGAGCCAGCCAGACUUGGUGUCAGCGGUCUAUGAUGCCACGUCAUCCACACUGCCUGUGGACUAUUCUUAUGGACAAUACCCAAACCAAACUGACGCAUCCCAGAAUUAUGGCCAGUACCUUUAUCCCUCAGAGUACACAUCAGACAGCACCUGGAUCGCUCCUGAACAACCACCCCCCCGUCCGGCCACUCCGGAGAAGUUCACCAUGCCCCACCGUUGCGCCCGCUUUGGACCCGGUGGUCAUCUCGUCCAGGUUCUGCCCAAUCUUCCUUCAGCGGGACAGCCUGCUCUUGUUGAUAUUCACAACUUGGAGACAAUGUUGCAGAACUCUUUGGAUCAGGAAGAACUACGAUCUUUCCCUGGGCCGCUUGUGAAGGAGGAGACCCACAAGGUGGAUGUGAUAAAGUUCUCCCAGAACAAAGCGGUGGCAUGUUCCCAUGACAACAACCUCUUAGACCGAGACUCCGCCCGCCUACUUUGGGACUUCAUCGUGCUGCUGUGUAGACAAAAUGGGACUGUGGUAGGCACCGACAUUGCCGACCUGUUGCUGAAGGAGCAUCGCUCCGUGUGGCUACCAGGCAAGAGUCCGAAUGAAGCAAACCUGAUUGAUUUCAACAAUGAGCCGUUGGCCAGAGCCGAAGAGGAGCCAGGAGCUGGACCCCUGUCCCUCUUGUCAGAUACCUUCAUGACGGUGCCAGAAAAUGUUGGAAAAGAAACGGAGCGCUUCAGGGAGCUGCUGUUGUUUGGUCGCAAGAAGGAUGCACUUGAAGCAGCUAUGAAAGCAGGUCUGUGGGGCCACGCCCUCCUGUUGGCCAGUAAGAUGGACAACAGGACACAUGCACGUGUCAUGACAAGGUUUGCAAAUAGCUUGCCCAUCAAUGACCCUCUCCAGACAGUGUACCAACUCAUGUCUGGUAGAAUGCCUGCUUCAGCUACUUGCUGUGGAGAGGAGAAGUGGGGUGACUGGCGCCCUCACCUGGCCAUGGUUUUGUCAAACCUCACACAUACAUUGGACCUGGACACUCGCACUAUUACCACCAUGGGGGACACGCUUGCUUCAAAGGGGCUGAUUGACGCUGCACAUUUCUGCUAUUUAAUGGCUCAAACUGAUCUGGGCGUUUACACCAAAAAGAGCACCAAGAUGGUUCUGGUUGGCUCUAAUCACAGUUUACCCUUCUCCCACUUUGCGACUAAUGAAGCUAUCCAGAGGACAGAAGCCUAUGAGUAUGCUCAGUCUCUGGGCUCCCAGCCUUGCCCCUUGCCCAAUUUCCAGGUCUUCAAGUUGAUCUAUGCAUGCCGCUUGGCUGAAGCAGGCCUGAGUGCUCAGGCAUUCCAAUACUGUGAAGUCAUCUCUAGGACUGUCCUUGUGCAGCCAUCCUAUUACUCCCCUGUAUUCAUUAGCCAAGUCAUUCAGAUGUCUGAAAAGCUGCGGUUCUUUGACCCGCAACUGAAGGAAAAGCCUGAGCAGGAGUUGUUCAAUGAGCCUGACUGGUUGAUUCAACUCAGACAUCUGGAUGGGCAGAUCCGAACAGGGGGAAUAACCUACAACGGUGGCAGAACAAGCCCUGCACAACUUACGAGCAGUAGCCCUAGCUCGGACCUGGAUCAGCCCAGUCCAGGUGAACCUUACAACAUGUCAAUGGAGUCGGAUGGCCCAGGUCCUGACAAUCCAUUGAUGAGCUCCUUGCUGCCUGGUCCGACACCACAAGGAAUACAGCUCGUGCCUCCAGCUCCUGCCUCCAUCCUCCAAGAUGGAAUGGGCCCUCCUCAACCCCCCUGCGAUGUGCCGCAGUUCUACCCGGUACCUCCCAGUGGGCCAACCGGCCAUGUACCUUUGCCGGGCUACCCUUCACACGAUCCUGCCUAUGCGCCUCCCCAGUUCCAGCCUCCACCCAUGCAGUCAGAAAUGUACCCGGGAGCUCACCAGCAGCCCGGGCCCCCAGCCCUUCAUAUGGGUCAAAUGUCACCUGUCACGCCCCUGCCCCAGGUGCCCCAUUCGCCGGUUCAAGGCAGCCACCCGCAUAUGCCACCAUCGCCCGGGCACAUGGGCGCACCGCCGGAAAUGGAAAUCAACCAACCGAUAUCACCGCACAGAAGCCCCCUUACGCCAAAGAUGGACUUCUAUGACCACAUGGCACAACUGGCGCCUGGCAGGAGAUCGAGGACCACGUCACAGUCUUCAGUCCACCGGGCCUCGGGACGACGCUCUCGCACAACCUCCGAAUCCUCCACUCACUCCGGUGGGCGUGACCGGAGCAAUUCAGCUGCCAAGCAGGCUUCACCGCCACCUCCUCCUAUUCCUGAGCAGCCUCGCAAAGAGGAGGGCAAGAAAACCAAGAAGGAAUCUCCCAAAAAGAGUGGCGGCGGUGUGGGCUGGCUCACGACAUGGCUUUACAGGAAGGGCAAAAAUGAGGCUCACCUGCCAGACGACAAAAACAAAUCCAUUGUGUGGGACGAAAAGAAGCAGAAAUGGGUGGACUUGAAUGAGCCAGAGGAAGAGAGUAAACCCCUUGCACCGCCUCCCUCUGGCUUCCCCAAGAUGGCUCCCAUGCCUGUUCCUCCAGGUUCCGCUGCGCCCCCGAGUAGCGGUCCUCCAGUCAACAUGUUCUCCAGGAGAGCUGGUUUGAAGAGCAGAUAUGUUGAUGUGCUGAACCCUGGCGGCGGCGGCACCAAACCAGCCGGGGUGGGCCCCCCUGCUCCUCCUAUGGAACUCUUUGCUCCUCUCGCGCCUAUGUCCAUGCCCACCAACUUAUUUGUGCCUAGUUCAGCCCCCAGUGAUCAGCAGCCGAUGGAAGGCAGCGAAGGAGGACUUCAGAAGCAGACAUCGCCAAACAGCUCUGUUCCACAGAUGUUCAACCCGACACUGUUACCGCCCGUUCCGCAAGGUCCUCCUGCCCUCGACGGCUCUCAGUCCGGAGAGCUCUCACGUUCUAGCUCAAUGAGUUCUUUAUCACGUGAAGUGAGUCAGCAUUUAAACCAGAGUCAUCCAGGCUUGAGAAAUGCACCUGUAGGAGGCGCCGCUUUCUUAUAAACCGACACUGGUAACAAUGGUGUGCAGGCAUCUCGAGGAGACCGAUUCGCCAGAAGCAGACGUGCUGCUUUCAAACGGCCCAACCACUCUAAAGUCUAUUUUUUAAACGUGCCCGGUGUUCUUGUUUGAAGCAGGACUCAUUUAGCGUACAAAUAAAAACUCUCAUAUCUACUGUUUAGCACAAGAAGCCUCCUGAAUUAUCUCCCUCUUGUCUUAAACGUGCAGCAGAUUAAAGACUUUUUUUUGACUUGUCUUGCAACGCGCCGGCUGCUGCCCUUCCCUCUUUCCCCGAAAUCUCCAAAAGGAACCAGACUGGAUGCGAGGAUGCUGCAUGUUUCCACAUAUUUAUUUAGAAUCCCUCCUGUCAAUCAAACAACUCAACUGUGCUGUCCAAAUGAACGAGCGGUGACCAGCAGGAAUUAUUCACAACAUGCAAAAAAAAAAAAAAAAAAUCUAUCCAAAUGUUUGUAUAUCAGAUCGAUUGUAUUUAUGAGCUUUAGGCAUAAAUGUAUGUUUGAGGAACUAAUUUCUUGUGUGAUUAGCUUUGAUGAGAAGCAUUUAGAGCAAAUGUCACCAAUGUUUGUUAUGGCCUCUGCUACAAAUUCAUUGUGAAAAGUUAUACUUUUAAGUAUAACACUGUAAUUUACUAACCUGAUUUUUAAUGGAAUUCUCAGUCCCUCAGCUCAACGUAUUUAAUUCCAUUUUUGUUUUGUAGACUUGAUUUGACAAGGUCCCCUUUUGUUUCAGCAAAUUGGUGUAAUAUAGAAGAAAUAAAGGCAAAUACUGAAUAAAAGUAUUUUUGCGCGUGAGCACUUUGAUAUAUGUCUUCGUGUUUUUUGCAUUGUCUUUGUCAAAAGAUUUAAAACUAUCAACAGUUUUAGCCAUAGACUUCAUCAGUUGACGAGACCGCUCCUAUAGAUAUUGUGUCACGGCUUCCCGUAGAGGUCCGGGCCAGACAGCGUCACGGAAGCUUUCACUACGAUAAACGCUGCGUUCCAACGCCGGCUUUAGGUAGAAAUAGGACGAAAGUUUUAGUACAUACAAGCAGGCAGGAGUGCCUCAAGACUGAUUUGGUUGAGGAGGGGUUAAACACAUGCUUCUCCACUUUACCAGAGGCUUUGGAUACAUUUCCUCUGCCUUCAAUUAAGGGCAGUCAAUCGAUUAUUUAUGGCCAAAUUUGUAGCUUACAAAAUGUCUCAUUAGCACCUACUAAGGCGCUGUGUGAACAGGAACUGGGUAGGAUUAUUUUGGAGGAAAUAUGGGAGGCUGCACUGAAAAGAGUUCAUUCCUCAUCAGUUUGCGCACAGCAUGGUCUUAUUCAGUGCAAAAUUAUCUAUAGAGCACACUGGACUAAGGACAGCUUGUUCAAGAUUUAUAAAGAUGUUACACUUCAACCUGUGCACGAUGUAACCAAUCACCAGCCAA